AUGGUAACUUUCUCUCAAUUAAAUGAAGAUGUUGCACAAAUUCGAAACUUCACUGGCAUUACGGAUGAACUCGAACAAACUAAAGGCAUUGUUGAUUUGAUAACACAAAUCAACACCUUGACGGGUGAACUGGUACAAUUACGUUACCGGUAUGAUGAAAGUGUUGAAGAAUUUCUGAGUUCACGCGAUGCUUUGGUGUCACUGCUACAAGAUCAAGGCAAGGUGAUGGAAGAUUUGCAGAUGAAGUUGAUGGUUCUGCGAUAUGAUGAAAGUGCUGGACAUCCCAAAAUUGAUACUUGGGAUAAGUUAAAGAAGGAAAUGAGAGACCAAUUCCUUCCUAGCAAUGCCACAUGGAUUGCUAGAAACAAGUUGAAAAGGCUAAGGCAAACGGGAACGAUUCGUGACUAUAUCAACGUAUUUACUUCUUUGAUGUUAGACAUUGAAAAUAUGUCUGAUGAAGACAAGUUGCAUAACUUUAUAUCAGGGAUGCAAGAAUGGUCCCAAAUCAAACUACGGUGGCAAACUGUCAAGGACUUGCCAAGUGCAAUCACUGCCGCUGACUCGUUGGUCAAUUUUCACUCAACUCAUUCUGAUUCUGACAUUCUUAGUUCUUCAAAGUCAAAUAAAAAGACUGAGAAAAAAUGGGAAGGGAAGAAAGAUGGACGUAACGACAAGGGUGACAAAGGAAAGGCCCCAACAAAUGCUGGAAAUGCCAAGAACAAUGGAAAAGAUGGAAAUUUCAAGGGCUGUUGGACUUGUGGUGGACCACAUUUGUCCAAGAGUUGUCCAAAUCGUGAAAGAGUGAAUGCGUUGAGACAGGGGCGUUCACUUUUUUGCAACACUACUGCUUGGCAGUCUUGCACACACUGCACAACUUCAGUCACAAAACACACAAUGCGUAGUCUAAAUAAUUAG